AUGGCUAAUCAGGAGCUGAGGCAGCAUUGCAAGCAGUAUGCAGACGCCGACGGCGUGCCGUGGCGCCUUGCGCAGCAGCUGUGCGAGCGCUCCAGGCGCGCGGGGUCGUGUCGCCCCGCCGCUUGGCUGCACGAAAGCGCCGCUGGCCCCGGCGCCGCCCUGCGCCUGCCCGGCCCCGCGCCGCGCCGUCGCCCCGAGGCCCUGGCCAAGCGGCUAGAGGCGCUGCAGGCGCGGCUGGAUGAGAAGAAGUACGCAGAGAUGGUCGCUGACGUCACCGCCGAGGAGCGGCGGCUGGCGGAGCUUUCCAGCGAAAUGUUUCCGACCACCCGGCUGCAGCUGUCCUUUGGGCUUCACGUCCUCGUGACCAUGGGGACGCUCUUUGCCCUGGGGUUUUACGGGCUGCGCUACAGCACGGGCAGCGACACAUGGGUGGGCGGCAGGGCGGAGGCGGCGGCGAGGCGCAGAGGCCCCGGGGCGAGGGCGUGGGGCGGCAGCGCGUGGCCGGGGCGAGGGCACAGGGGCCAGGGUGGGCCUGGCGAUGGCGAUUAG